AUGGCCACCAAGACGUUGGAAUCUCGCUUCGAACACCUCAGUGUCAACGACGAAAAUGAGGCACCCACGACAACAAUGCUCAAAUCAAAGAGCGCUGCUCCGGGAGUAUUACCAACCGUUUCCUCAACUCAAUCCCGGACAAAUCUUGUCAAAUAUCCUCUCCAAGUCACCACAGAAUCGAAACAGAACACUGCCUCAAUCGCAACAAUAACAACCACAACAACUGUUCCGACCCAUCCACCUUCGCCAGUGCGGGUAGCCCUCCAGGCUGCCCGAGAAUCUGAUGAGAGCGAUGACUCCAUACGCAAUAGAUCCGCCCCCAAAUUCUUCUUUGACCAGCCACAAGCACCCAAACAAUUCCACCUUGGGAUGUUUGAGAUCGGAAAACCGCUCGGUAAGGGAAAGUUUGGCCGAGUAUAUCUCGCACGAGAAAGGUCAUCGGGUUUCGUGUGCGCUCUCAAGGUCCUUCACAAAUCCGAGCUGCAACAAGGCAAAGUGGAGAAGCAAGUUCGAAGAGAAAUCGAAAUUCAGUCAAACCUCAGACAUCCGAAUAUUCUGAGACUCUUUGGCCAUUUUCACGACAGCAAGCGAGUGUUCCUCAUCCUCGAAUUCGCGGGCAAGGGAGAGCUGUAUAAGCAUCUCCGAAAAGAAGGUCGUUUCCCGGAGUGGAAGGCCGCACAAUACAUUGCUCAGAUGGCCGCCGCCCUCAAGUAUCUGCACAAAAAGCAUGUCAUGCACAGAGACAUCAAGCCCGAAAACAUUCUGGUCGGCAUCCACGGAGAGAUCAAGAUUUCAGACUUUGGCUGGUCAGUGCAUGCUCCAAACAACCGAAGACAAACAAUGUGCGGCACAUUAGAUUACCUGCCUCCCGAGAUGCUUAAGCCUGGAAGCUCCGACAAUUUCUACAAUGAAAAGGUCGAUCUAUGGAGCUUGGGUGUUUUGACGUAUGAGUUCCUGGUUGGAGAAGCGCCCUUUGAGGACACCACGAUCAUGACACAGCGAAGGAUUGCACGAUGCGACAUGACGGUUCCCAGCUUUGUCAGUCCUGAAGCCAAAGACCUCAUCAUGCGGCUAUUGGUCCUGGACCCCGAGAAGCGGAUUCCACUUGAUGAUGUCCUCCGACAUCCAUGGGUUGUCAAGCACUGUAUAACAAAGGGUGGCGAACGAGGCUUUCAGAGAGCAUCUGGGAGUAGCAAGGAUAGAGACUCGAGCUCUGAUUCAUAA